UUGCACGUCAUUUUGGCGCGCCCACCCUCCCGGCUGGACGUCAACGCACGCACACGAGCUCGUUGAGAAGGGUGCGCGCGCGAGCUAGCCACUGGCAGCAGCACACAGGCGCGAGAUAAAGAUGGCGGCGACGGUGGGGGAAACGGCGUGAUAUGCUGGAGUAGUGGCACUGAACCUGAGUAAAACCACUGUAUGACAAACCAUAGCAAAAUGGAAACCAUGUCACAGUAGGUGUUUAUUGGUAAUACCAAGUACUACAAACUCACCUUACCCCCUUUCCCCCGAGAGAACAUUCAUCUUGUGAUUGUGGAGAAAUCUCACCGGGAGCAUGGCUUCACACAGUAACCAGUACAUCUUUGGGGAGUUCAGCCCAGAUGAGUUCAAUCAGUUCUUUGUGACUCCCCGCUGUUACGUUGAGCUUCCCCCCUUCAAUGAUAAAGUCUCCUGUGUCAGCCAUUCCUCAGGAGGUUACUGCACUCCUGCUGUGCCUUACAUAACGGAAUCAUUGAGACGGCAGGUUUGCGGAGAGGACUACCAGCAUAUCGAGUUUGGUGUGGAUGAGGUAAUAAAUGCUGAGCCUGUGGCAGUGAAAGACUCACUGUACAAAGUCUCCAGCACUCUUAAUCCUCAGGCCCCUGAGUUCAUCUUAGGCUGCCAACCAUCUCAGAAGGCCCUUUCCACAGCCACGCCAGUCGCUGAUAUCCCAGAUGGUGCCGACUUCAACUCCCUAUGCUGCGGCAACUCCGAGACCUCAGUCCACCAGACCUGUUCAGACAUGGAUGGGGUUUCGGGUGGAUUGGGACAGCGGAAGAAAAAGAAAAAACGGCCGCCAGGAUACUACAACUACCUGGAGGGUUCCAACAGCGCUGGCAUGGCCACAGAUGGAGUGGGGGCCUCAGGCCUGGUUAACGGACAUUCUCCAAAUGCUCCACUCCUGGGUUCAGAGGACAUGAUGGGGGACAUGCUAGCUGGGGCUGAGCUCAUCCCCCCAGAUUCUGUAACAUCCACCACAUUCACACCCCAAACCGCCCCUCUUUCCCAUCAGAGGACUUGUGAAAGCCCUGACAAUUCAACAUUGGACUUGACGAGCGGAGCUGCCUCUUUGUCAGACAGAAAUGGCGCAGCUUCUUUGUCUACUUCAUCUUCGUCCUCUCAGAGCAGUGGGGUUGCACAGGGUGCCAGGACUGCAGAGCAACAUGCAGAACCCCCAGCUUUAGAGAGUCCAGUACUUCUGGGUAAUGGAGGGCACAGCUCCUCUCCACCAUCUCCUCUUCCCCCUGCUGCUGCUCUGGCCACCCCCACAACCCCAAUUCCUGCUACUACUGAUCAGAGGGAGGCCGAGGGCUCAGGGGAGGCUAACGGGCUGCCAGAGACUGCCUCGGCUGCUGGAGCCACAGAGGGACUCCAAGACUCGUCUGAAACAGAUGAGGUGCAGUCCGCUUCCUCUUUUACCCCUCUGUCCUUAGACUCUGAAGUUCAGCCGGUAGUCUCACCCGUUCCCCCUGCAGCACCUGUGGCCAACCCCCCAAAAUCCUGGGCCAGCCUCUUCCACAACUCCAAGCCUCUGCCUGGAGGUCCUCAGGCUUACGUUGAGGUGAAGAGCGCACCUGCUGUUGUCGCGCUCACACCAGCUGCCUCUGAGUUGCCUGAAAAGGUCAAUGAGGUGCGUGAGGGCCCGGUCCCUGUGUCUGAAGACCCUAUGGCCCCAAAAUUGGCAGAAUUAAUUGAGAAUGUGAAGUUGAUACACAAACCAGUGUCUUUGCAACCAAGAGGACUGAUAAACAAGGGAAACUGGUGCUAUAUCAAUGCUACCCUGCAGGCCCUGAUUGCGUGUCCCCCCAUGUAUCAUCUGAUGAAGUCUAUUCCCCUUUUCAGUGAGACUCAGAGAGCCUGCACAUCCACACCCAUGAUGGAUAACUUUGUUCGGCUUGUGAACGAGUUCAGCAAUAUGCCUGUCCCUUCCAAGGCUAAACAGCAAGCUGCUGGAGAGAAGAUAAUGAAAGACCUUAGAGUGGGUGUUCCUUUUGAACCAACCUACAUCUAUAAACUCCUCACCCUCAUCAAAUCAAGCCUUUCUGAGAAGGGUCGCCAGGAGGAUGCAGAGGAGUACCUUGGUUUUAUUUUAAACGGACUGCAUGAGGAAAUGCUGGCACUGAAGAAGCUUAUCUCUCCACAAGAAGAAAAAGCCCCCACACCAAAUGGGCCUGAGUCUCAGCCUGGUGUGGAGGAAGACCCUGCUGAGAAGGAAGAAGGCAGUGAUGAUGAGUGGGAACAGGUCGGACCCAAAAACAAAACCUCCAUCACCCGGCAGGCAGAUUUCAUCCGCACACCUAUCACCGACAUAUUCGGUGGCCACAUCAGGGGUAAAAAGAAGUUCAUCGAACAUCCCGGCGCUGCCCAUGAUGCUGGGUCUGUGGUAUACCAGCAGAGCUCAAAAGAGUCGGCCACCUUGCAGCCCUUCUUCACGCUGCAGUUGGACAUCCAAUCAGAGAAGAUCCGCACAGUCCAGGAGGCCCUGGAGGUACUGGUGGCGAGGGAGUCCGUUCAGGGCUACACCACUAAGAGCAAGCAGGAGAUUGAGAUCAGCCGGAGAGUGACUCUUGAAGAGCUUCCUCCAGUGCUGGUGCUUCACCUCAAGAGAUUUGUCUUUGAGAAGACUGGUGGAUGUCAAAAACUGGUCAAGAAUAUCGAUUACCCUGUUGAUCUGGAGAUCAGUAAAGAUCUCUUGUCACCGGGGGUGCGGGGCAAAACAUUUAAAGGCCAAAGAACCUACAGGCUCUUUGCAGUCGUCUAUCACCAUGGGAACAGUGCCACGGGUGGCCACUACACUACAGAUGUCUUCCACAUUGGUCUGAACGGCUGGCUGCGCAUUGAUGACCAGGCGGUGAAGAUCAUCAAUCAGCAUCAGGUGGUGAAGCAGACUGCAGAGCGCACCGCCUACCUGCUGUACUACCGUCGUGUGGACCUGCUGUAGAAACCAUACUCGUACAACACAAACACGCGCACACACGUACAUUCAAACACACGUUUACAUGCAGGCACGCAUACAAUCUCACACACACACAACCACGUGUCUCGACAGGAACACUGCCCAACUUCACGAUUGUCCUCCCUUCCUUAACCCUGCUAUUCCAGAGAGCCAGCUUUUCCAACUUUUUCUUUUUCUUUUUUUGGAAGAGGAAAAGACAUGAGACGUAUCUAAAGACUUUCCUGUAAUAGUGUUUUCCCCCUCCGCACACGGCCUUGCUCGGGUCUGGAGAAGUUGAGGGGAGAAAUGUUAGCACUGCAGAACGCUCCAGUUCGGAGAGACAGACCUGAAUCACUGCUUAUGUUCACAGCCUCAUGUUGUCUGGCCAGAAUGGAUCCCCGCUGAAAGAACUCAGACCAGUUGAGGCUGAUGGACUGCUGGAGAAAAUCGUUCUUUUUCUUUCUUUUUGUUUUUGUUUAAUCUACUUUUUUAAAUGGCAUAGAAAAAAUAUGAAGUGUUUUGCCUUUUAGCAAGGAGAGUUGUCGGCCUAAUUUGCAGCAGUUAAGUGGAGCCUGUUUCUUGACUAGAGCAUCAAAGUGGCCCAACACCAGCAAGUUACCAAAAUUUGUGUAGAUCUCAAUGUAGGAGUUUGUCGACAAGCAAGACACUCAACUCCUCCUCCACCACAACAACCUCUUCUCUCCCCCAUUUCUCUCUCAAUCCUGAUGCUUCAGAUUACACUUGAGUCAUGGGGAAAAAAGAUAGCCGAGAGGGUGCUGCAGUGUGCUGAAUUGGUAAAAAGCAAAACAAGAAAGGAAAAAAAAAAAAAAAAAAAAAACUAAAAUUGGCUUUGUUUGACCUUCAGUGUGUUUGUUUUUUUGUUUUUGUUUUUGGGUGUAGGAUUAGAUUGACUAUCUUACAAUUUUAAUGCGCUUUAGAAAAUAAAUGAUUACAAAAGCUUUGUGCACGUUAAAAUAUAAAACUGGUCGAUUUAAAAUGCAGAUGUGCAUCGUUUGCACAUUUCUUGGAGAUAUUUAAGUUUUAAAAGUAUUAAAAACGCAAAAAAUUUGAAUCUUGGUGGCGGUCACCUUGAUCAGCUCCCCGGGGAGGAUUGCGCUUGUUCUUUAGGCUUUCUGUGUACUUUCACACGUUCAUGCUGGCGAGAUGGACCAGUGAUGUCCGCGACUCCAUCAUGAAAAUUUACUUAUUUUUGUCCCCUCUCGCCAUCCUUAAUUAGUUCUGUUUGAUCUUUUCCUGUAUCAUAUGAAUAAAGUGUAUCCACUGUCCACUGACUGCCUUUUGAUGUCAGUAGAGCAGCAAGUACUGAGCCACUCCUGCCAAGUUUGAGAGGGAGCAGUUGAGAUACAUCUGGUUUGCAUCUCAUUCUGUAUGUUAGCCCGCUUCGAGCAGUCAGCCUGUGAUGUGCAUGUUGAGGCUCCGUGUGCAGUUCUGAGGAUAUCAUCUCAGAAUGGGUAGCAAGAAAUGUCUCCUACUGCAGUUAAUUAGCUGUGUUGCCUAAAGUGCAACUGCAGAUGCGCACAAACAAAUCAUGUUUGCGUCUGUUUCAGAGACCUUGCAUCAAUAUUAUACCUGAUUGUAUUUAGUUGAAGUUUUUUUUUUUUUCUUCAUUCCCCAUUUGCAUACAAUUUCUGUUCCAUUUAAAUUGAUAUUUUGAAAGGAAAUGACCCAAGGUUAAAGCACAACAAUGAAUAAAGUUAUACAAGUACUAUGCUCGA